ACCAAAAUGGCGGAAGGGCCGCGAGUUCCAAAACAAAGUGAAAGAACGAAACAAAUUACACAGCAAACUUAUGAUCACCCAGUUUAUAGAGAAAUUUCAUUUACGAAUGGACAAAUUAACAAGAUGAAGAAAGAGGAAGUCAAACUUUGCCUUGCUGAAAGGGGUUUGGACUCAAGGUAAGUUUUGUGUAAUUUUGGCGCUUAUAUGCAAUUUGCAUUGACAUACGCUUUUAAUGUUGGAUGGAUUUUUACCACAAUAGUUGCGAUUAUUUUUUCUUAAGGUUUUCUUGUAACUGACAAGGAAAACCUAGACUAUCGUUAAGUAAUCUAUUUUGUAUGUGGUGAUUCAAAUUUCUACCUUAGGAAUAAAAAGGACAUAAGGAAUUUUUUUUUGAAUAUAUAUCACUUCCUUGCUGAAACUUUAGUCUUCUUUCAGUACAAAUUUUGCGUAAGAUUACGUUCACUUGUUGUUAACGUUCACUUCAGAGUCGAAGAUCGAAUGAAAACAAGUCAGUUCUGUCCUUUUGUAGAGUACAAUUAUGGCUGGUUCUGCAAACGCCCAAGAGAAAGUUUAUACUGCAUUCUGAUUGGCUACUCUAGCGGGCAAGAUAAGACUACCUUGCUCGCUCGGGAUUUUCAAGGAAGGCGAGAUCAAGAUGGCUGGAUAUUGGCUUCAGUACUUGUUUGCAUUAUCAUUGACCACAACUUUGUGUCAGGCCAGAAAAAUGUGAGAAAAAGAACUUAGCCAAUAUCCUGUCAUCUUGGGUCAAUAAGGCAUAUCAUCUGGGUCAAUAGGGCGUAUAUUUCCUAGUGCAAGCAUGUUAGUGGCUGGCAAGGCCGAUUAAAGACUGGCAGGUCCUACUCCAGCAGCUGUCAAAGGGAAAUGUCUAAUCAAGGGUGGGUACAACUUGAACAAGGUUUUCCUGGCUUAGAUGCAUUCCCUCCAGAGUAGCAGGGUAGGUAGCUCCAAGGGAGCCGGUGGCUUAGUGAAUGGUAAGAUGCCAGGCAAGUAUUGGACUGCUAAGGCUACCGACAGAAAUGCUUUGUGCCUUCCAUCCAAGCUACCAUCACUAGGUUGAUUCUAGGCAAGGGCCAUCUCUAUAUACCCAUAAAUCUGAAGGACUUUCCAACAGAUUUUUUUAAAUAUUUAAUCCUCAAUCUGAUGUUUUCUGUAGUAACAAUGCUGUUUCAUUUGUGUGUAAUCCAUUUUUUGCUCUGUAUUAACAAAUAGGGGAGUGAAGGAAGUUCUGCAGAAACGACUAAAAAACCACAUCAAGAAAGAGAAACUGGUACAGGCUAAACUAGAGCAGGAAAAGAGAAUGAAUGAAGUUCACUUUUACUGUGUUAUUGACUUUGAAGGAACGUGUGAGGAAGAAAAUCCCAAAGACUACAUUCAUGAGAUUAUUGAGUUUCCUGCUGUCCUUGUGGAUGCGACUACACUUGAAGUGGUAAGUGAAAUUAGUAGGGGCACCGAACAACUCUCUCCUGUAAAACAUCCAAAUUAUUGGAGAAGCAAAUACGUAUCUCCUAUAAUUUUCUAUAGCUUGAGGGUGGCUAAAAAUAUUCCAUUCAUGUACUAUUUUGGAAGCUUAUCUUAUAUAUUCCAUACAGUUUUCUGAAUUUUAAUUUUUCACAUUUCCCUCCCCAUGGCCAGGUUAAGCUAUUUUGUACAAAAAAGAAACAUAAAAUUUUCUCACCUUAGCAAAGUAUUUUAAGUUUCAUCUAAAAUUUUUGGGAAAAUAGUUCUAAAAGCCCAAAGUUGUACUUUUGAAAAGACUUAAGUUACCCUAGGAUCACUGAAAAGAUACAAAUUUUAUAGUGCCAUUUACUAGAAUGCAUUUGUAGAGUUAUAAAUACUGUGGAUAGCCUAAAAAUGUUUUCAAUGAAUUUAAAAGAAAACUAUUGCUAGGUGCCCUUAAGCAGUGUUCUCCCUAAAUUUUAGCUUAGCUGGCCGAAGGGACCAUUCAUGGCCAGUAAGGCAAAAUAUAUGCCCCAGAGAUACACUUUCCUUGGGGAGGAGGGGGUAGUGAAGUGAUGGUCCCACCCUAGGAGGAGCUAAGUUCUUUGAAACAUCAUUCCCUCAUUUUAAGACCUAUUUUACACAAAUCGGCCAUUGUUAUCUUUAGACAACAAUGAAUUUAAAAUGUUUGAUCCUAAUAAUUUAAUUCUGUCUUCAAUGUUGUCUUUACAAAAUGCAUGGCCCAUAAAAAAGAAAAACUGUUACUUUAGUACUUUUCCAUAUCUUCAUUCAUAUUUAUUUCCUUGAUCAGAUCGGAUCACAACUUGCGUAUUUUUUAAAACUACUUAAUAUUUAAUUUUAGUAAACCUUCAAGCAGUUGCAGGCGGUAAGAAUUAAGAGUUGCUUCAGUCAGUACUGGUUACUCGCCUGAUAAGAAGAACACUGCUUAAGUGGUUUGGCUCCCUCCUUUGAACAUUGAAGCACAAGUUAAACUGGGCACCUAUUCAAAUAUUGAAAUACAAUCAUGAUACUAACAAGAGUUUUAGCAAACCGAACCAAUCAAGUUUAUUUACAAAAAAAAAGGUGGACAUUUGUAGUAGUUUUUGCAGGGCUGAUAUUAUGCGAUGGUGUGAUUUUUCAUAAUACUGGCCUCAAAUCACAUCCAAUCACACAAUUUAAGGAUCAAUGCUAUUUUAGCAUGAUUUAUCACUAAACAACUAAGCCUUGCAAGACAUCCAAAACCUUCAAUUGUGGUUGGUUGCGAUUGUUGGACAGCCUUUUGAGUAUUUCAAAGACAAGCAGUGUUGUCAACGUGCUUAUAGUUCGUGUGUUAACACAAGCAUGUUGUUGUUGUUGUUGUUGUUGCUAGGUAUCUGAAUUUCAUGAAUACUGCAAACCACAGUUUAAGUCACAAUUGUCGCAGUUUUGCCAGGAACUCACGGGAAUUUCACAGGUGGGUGUGGUGUCAUUAUCAACCAUGGUACAGUGGAAGCUCUCGUAAAUGGACACCCUCAGGAUACGAAAAAGGUGUACGUAACUGGAGCUGGCAGCUUACAAGAAUAGUUGAUCAUAUGCGGCUACUGGGGGUGUAAGGGUUAUAUGGCAGCUUACGGGAGUUUGCCCAGCUACAAGUAAACUUUGCGAAUGCAAAAAAACUGUUUGUUACUUUUUGGCUAUACUGUUGUUCUGCGAAUGUUACAGUUCAGUCACAAGCCUAAAUUCAACAGGUGUCUUGAGGUGUUCCCCAUGUUGUAUGUGAAAAAAAAAAACAAGCACUGAAAACUGGCAUCAAUUCAUUGUGAUGAACAGUGAUUUGGAGUCAAGGUUCAGAUUAAAAUACAAGAUUCAAAGGUGAAUGAGAUUUUAUUUUGGUUGUCUGCCUUCUGAAAGUGUCCUUGGCUGUUUAUGGGUAUGUCCGCUUACAGGAAUGUAAAUAUACAGAGUUUGUAUGGAAGUUAAAACGGAUUUUGUGAAGGCCGCCAGUUUGUAGAGCUGUCCACUCACUAGAAUGUCUGUUAAGAGAGCUUCCACAGACUGUACAGCUGUAGUUCAAGUUUCAGCCAUUCGCCUCAUUUUUAAGUUGUGGCCUACCCUGGGUAGCAGAGGUUUUUUCUACGUGUGCAACACUCACUACUCCUCUCAACAACUUUUAAAAGCCAUUGUUUGAUAGGAUUAAAACCCCAUUUAAGCCCUAAAUCACAACCGUAUGCCUCUGAUGAUAAUAUAACUGAACGGUCCUUCUUUUAAUUAGAUACAUUGCUGUUACUUAUAAUCCUACUACCUUUUUACCUAUCACGUUUUGUUAACUUUUUGUGAAAAGUCUUUUGACUCCCGGAUAAGUGAUGAUGUCAGUGUCAUCAAUCAAAUCUGAUCACAUGCCAAGCAAAACAUCUCACUUUAUUUUUGUUCUUGUUGAAUCUGUUUGUUUAUUUAUUUGUCAUUUCUAAGGAAUUAGUAGACAAUGCAGACUCCUUCCCAGAUGUCCUCUCCAGAUUUGAGCAGUGGCUUAGAAGGCAAGAACUUGGAACAAAAUAUAAAUUUGGUGUAGUAACAGAUGGGUAAUUAAAUCUUCUCAGUUUUGUUUUUAGUUGUUUUUUGGUGUGCAACGUUUCUGGAAAUUGUUAAUUCUAGAGGGAAACUUAAUUCUCCUUCCUUUGAAUUUUUUAGUCCCUGGGACAUGGGUCGUUUCUUCUCGACCCAGUGCAGACUUUGUUCGAUACCUGUACCCAAGUUUGCGAGAAAGUGGAUUGAUCUGAGAAAACUGUACAGGAAUUUCUACAAAGUUGCAAAAGGCUCGCUUCAAAAAAUGGUAACCAAUCUUGGAAUGGAAUUCGAAGGCCGCGCUCAUAGCGGAAUGGACGAUGCUCGUAACAUAGCAAGGAUUUUACAAAAAAUGAUUGAAGAUGGCUGUGAAAUAAAGUUUAACGACUACCUUUCCGACCAUCCGCAACUGGAUACGCGUGGACUGGACGAAUUAAAAAGUGUGUAAAUGUGAUUUGGCCGGACCUGUGCAAUCGAUAUAAUCGUCAAUCGAGAACUUUCGAGUACGCUCUUAGAGCUCUUAGAGUACGUAUUCUUAAAGUAUGUAGAAUAAACGACUUCAUUUGUAAUUUAUGGCUACUUGCGGGCCUGCCCAUCGCAAGCAGAGAAGACUUAAACCACCAAAAUAUACAGUCCUUAACUAACCUGUUUCUCCUUGAGCUGCGGUAAAACGGGCAACAAUAACGUGCAACUUGUUUCGAAUCGUUGCUACAAAAAGUGAUGUUGCGCGUUUUACCAGCCCCAUUCAAACCUGUCUUACAACAAAUUAGGUUCCCGGCUGCAGGUCGCGUGAAUGCGGACUUCUGAUUGGAUAAAAUCACGCGGGAAUCCCGCCAUACAUGGGAAUUACGUAACUAUGCUGCAAAACAAGUUUGCCUUGGGCCGGUAAAACGAGCAACAUGUACAGAUUUUGUUGCGUAAAAGUAGAACUGUUCUCUACUUGUUGCAAAAACGUUUCCCAACAACCUCAUAUGUUGAAAGACAGGUUUAAAAGUGGCUGGUAACACGAGCAUCAUUGCUUCUCAACUCGUUUUGCAGCAGUGUUGCAAAACAAGUUGCAUGUUUUUGUUGCCCGUCUUACCAUAGCUUUACAGUAACGCUCUUUAAUCAAACAUUACGAUUGUGAGAAUAAAGGAUAUGAUCAACGAGAUGAAAAAGCUCUUGAUUGUUGAACAAAUUCUCUUAAUUAUUACCACAGGGAAAGUUUGUAGAACGGUUUGGAGAAUAUGCAAGUUAAAGGGUUAAACAUAACAGUUUCAUCUGAUCUUCAUAUUAAAAAGUAGGGAUCUCUUUCCGGCCCGUUACCCCUUGCCGCUCGCGCUAUGUCAGAAGACCUACGAACUCUAAAGGCCGAUUUGGACGGUACGAUUUUUCCUACGACUAUCGUGCGCGACGUUAUGACUUUUGACCAUCCACACGCACACAAUUUUCACUUAUGACAUCCACAAUGUGUCGAACGAAUGUCGUGGGUCUUAUUUACACGACGCGAGUCUUUGUGAAAAAGUUAAAUCGCAGGAAAGAACUUCAGAGCAGGGAUGCUCAAGUGAACAGUUUGGUUGAGUAGUAAGGUCCAAGACGUAAAAUUGGACAGCAACACUCCUAAACCACCCAACGCUAGUUGCUUCAAGGCAGACUGAGUUCAUCUUUUUCUGCGUUUUUAGUGCUUACCCGCUCACCCCGUCCGAGAACUCGACGGAUCUAAGAGAAAAGGCAGACUGCUAGCAGUCUAUGCCAAUUGUACUAGUACAAAGGCUAGCCGUUAACAAGCGUUUCUGUGUGAGUUCGUCGCUCUAACUUUCGCGCAAUGACUUAACUGGAAACACUCGUUACGCGCGCAGGCUAUGCCACAAGAGACAAAAUAGGGUUAGUAACUAUCAGUUAAAACCGUAUUUAGCCGUUGAGUGUGAACGCAUGGAUGGCCAGUCUUUAGAAAACGUAAAUAAAACGGAUGCUAGUAUGCAGGGCCUUGCUCAUUCUCUUCCUCAUGAGCCGAUUAAAAGAUGUUAUUGACUAGCUAGAAAGCAGAUCAUAACUUGCAGAACUACCAUCCGAUUACUGCGAUAAUUCCCCCACCCUUUCCGCCAUUGCUGUCAAAGAUUUCUUAAAAACGAGAAAAAGCAUAGGCAAAGGAACUUGACCGUAGCUGCGCUCUGAUUCGUUAUUACAAACAAGGCAUUAAGGUGUGACAAAUUUUCCGCGAAAAAUAUUUCUAUAAAUAACUUUCCAUGGUAAAGGGGAGAUGGAGUAUGGGAGAUCACGGGGGGCUCCUACUAAUCGGCUGCUACUUCCUCAGAGCCAAUCAGCAUAUUUUCAAGACCACGUGACCAAAAGAAAUGACGGGCUUUGGGUCGACGGAGAACGGGCCUCCAUUCCGAGUCUUGAUGUGUAGUCAUGAUGGAGAUCUCAGGGCGUCUGUUUACCGUCAUUUGCACUGCUUCAGUUUUAUAUCUUUGCUGCACAGGAUGCCAGUGUUAUUCACAGGGUUUUCUCAAGGUCGGAUCAGAAUUGCAUCCUGGCCGAGGACUAAGCGAGCGAACACCGGAACAAGGAAACUCAAACGGUAGCGGUAAGCUUUAAAAUAUGAUUCACGGAGAGCAAAAAAAUGAAUGAGAGAUGCACGAGAAAGUACUCUACCUUAACAAGAGUGCCGUUAUGCGAUAGAUAUCAGUGAUCUAAUCACGCGUGCAGUACUUGCAUUAGACUUAUACUUUUUUACUUCAGAUUUACUUAAGCCUAUUUUCCCACGCAAUAUAAUUAAGAUUGAUUGACAUGAUUCGCCCCUCUAAAAGCUUAGAAACCGCAAGUUCCCUAAGUCGGUUUUAAGGAAUGGUUCAUCAGAUGGUUUUCAAGUCACUUGAAACUUUCUUGAAUCGUUUCAACUUUCCGACUUUAAUGAGAUGCAAAGUAAAGUUACUUGAGAUUUUACUUAGGCCUUCACACACACACACACUUAGGCUAAGUGAAACUUAGCAGCUCUUAAGUCUUACUUAACAGCCUAGUGUAAAGAUAACCAUUGUGCCACGAGAUUUUGUGUUUAGACAUGUUGGUAGUCUUUACACUAGAACCUAAAUAAGACAAGAAAUAUUUCAAGACAAGUAAAUUUUAAUUACUUCAAGAAAAAUAAAGCUUCACACACAACCGAGUAACCUAAGGCCAUUUUCUCACGUAGCGUAACGCCAUUUUCCCAAUUAACGUAAUUGAUUGACAUGUUUUGACUUUCUUAAAGCUCAAGAAACCGCAAGCAACCGCAAGUGAGCUAAGUCGGUCAUAAGGAUGGUUUACAAGUCGCUUGAAACUGUCUUGAACUGUUUCAACUUUCCGACUUUAAUGGGAUGCAAAGUAAAGUUACUUGAGAUUUUACUUAGGCCUUCACACACGAAUAUUUGGCUAAGUACAGUAAAACUUAGCAGCUCUUUAGUCUUACUUAACAGCCUAGUGUACAGACAACCUUUGUGCGGUCCUGGGAACUUGUUUGGGGUCACGUGACCUCUGUCGUGUUGUUCUGUUCGUCCGAACCAUGUGCUUGUUGACUCGUUGUGCUCCUUGAAAGUAUUUAAGCGGUUUAGUCGCUUGAUACACAUAUACGCAUAUUUAGUUUUAUAUUUAGCAGGGAAAUAGGAAAUAUAAAGGGUCACGGGGGGUACUCCUAAUGAUAGCCUAUAGGGGAAGGUUCCGCCCGAAAGGGGUUCCUUUUUCAGGCGUCGGCUACAUGAAAGGGUGGGGAAAUCUGUCCUUUCCAGUGGCAGGCAGAUCCAGGGGAGGGGCCCGGGUGCCCCCCCCCCCCUUAUUUUUAGACCUUUUUUUGGAGACCGCCUCCCCCUCCCUUAUCAAAAGGUCUGGAUGACCGAACUAAAACGAAUCUUUUCCGACUAGAGCUCCCGACACAUACUUUUUGCAGGGUGCAUUCAUUUUCUAGUUAAGACGUGUUAAGCUCCGUGUUGGCACUAAAAGGUCUUCGUAAAUAGAUGGUUUUCACAGUGACGUCAUCAAACUGUUAAGUCAAAACAGCGAGGUUUUACGAAUUCUUAUUUAGACUAGGUUGAAGAUAAACAAAAAAUAAAUCUUUGUUCAAGUUUCCAUUCCCGUAGCAAAAGUGAACUCCAGAUGUUUUGUUGAUUUCCGGCGGCCAUAUUGGUGGACCAAAACGGUACACCAAUAUGGCGUCUCCAUACAAAGCUCUACAAGGGUGCGUGAAACGUUUCGGCAAAUAACUCAGAAACUAUGGGCCACAAAGACCUGAGACUUGGACAAAUUGUUUAUAUAUUAGUCUUUUGUAACAUGUCAUUUCUCGGCUUCUUCCACUGGACGGUUUCCAAUUUAUUUUUUUGUUGCGUGACAGUGAAAACGAUCUAUACAGCGAACAUGAAAAACAAUGGCCAUUUUAAUGCAAUGCCAUAAAAAUUAAUGUCAACAAAUAUUUAUUCUGGUUACUGAGCUCGCUGAUGAAACGUGUUUGAUAUCAUCUUGAGAACUCUACCAGUCUACAGGAAGAAAUGUUCAGAAAUAGAGGAUAUUACAUGGCCCCGCGGCGAUACGAAAUUUCUCUUCGAGUGUUGAAAAUAUAUUUCACGAGUGAGAGUAGCUCACUCGUGAAAUACUUUUCAACACGAGAAGAGAAAAUUCGUAUCUCCAAGCGGCCAUAUAAUGUUCUGUUUAUUAUAUAAACACCAAGGAAAUGCCAAACCAUUUCACUUAAAUAUUUUUUUGCUGCAAAAGGCGCGAUUUAUUAUGUAGCCAUAGCAACGGUGAUCUUUUCUCAUGUGAAGAUAACAUGUUAUUUUCACGUGUGAAGAUAUCAUGUUUUCGCGCGAAAGCUCACCAGGUACGGUAUUUAAUUUGUGUUUAUACAAUAAAUGCCUCUAUGCAAGGGUGCGUAGUCGACAACUUCCUUUUUAGAACCGACUUUAUUUGUUCUUCUCGAUUCUUCUUCGCCUUGUUUAUACAAACUCGUAUCAGGCAUCUGAUUUGUGACCCAAAUUCGGAAUCAUUUUGUCUUUUAUUUGUUUCUUUUCAGAUUGGCAAAAUUUGAACUACGACGAAUUAUUUGCCUAUGGCUGCUUAACCAAACGUCCAUUUCGAGAAAUCACUCUUGACACAACAUUUAUCGAGCAAGAAAAAAUUGUUCUCAUGCAACUAUACAACGAAACAAAUGGUCAUAACUGGAAAAAUAAUAAACACUGGGGAUAUUACUCGUUGUCUCACUGUUUGUGGUAUGGAAUUACUUGUGAUCCCACCAAUCGCUCCAUUAUCAGUAUCUUCUUAGAAAGAAACAAUUUGGUCGGGACUCUUCCACAAAGCCUUUGGAGGUUACGUAAUUUACAGGGUUUGUGUCUUGGUGGAAACGGUGAGUUACAAGGUGAAAUAAGUAAAAUUGUCUCUGAGAAUAUGACCAAUUUGCUACAACUUGGACUCUCCUUUAACAAUUUAUCCGGUCGUAUUCCUGGUAAAAAAAUAGUUAGGAUGAAGUCUUUAGUAGCAAUCCAACUUGGCUCUCAAACGGGGGAAGGACUCACAGGAGAAAUUCCACAGGACAUUGGAAAUUUGACAGACUUGCAAAUUCUCUCUCUUGGGGGAAACAAAUUGAAUGGUUCGAUACCGAAAAGUAUUGCAAAAUUGAAGAAACUCUGGUUUCUGGAUUUGACACGUACACAGUAUCUACAAGGAGGCUUUCAAAACUUAUUAAACAUAUCAUCCUUACGUUUUAUGCAUUUUUCAUAUUCUGGACUGAGCGGAAAGCUACCUAAGGAUUUUGGGACAUAUUUUCCUGGAUUAAUAGAGUUUCUAUUAGCAGGGAACCAUUUUUCUGAAGAAAUCCCUUCAUCGAUUGGAAAAAUAAAAAACCUACAGCAUCUAGACUUGUCCAAUAAAAAUUUUUCAGGACUAAUUCCGAAACCCGUCGGUGAGAUUGCCGGGUUUCAGACUGCUCACUUCGAAGGAAAUAACUUCACGUCAUUUGCACAAGGUUUUCAAUUUAAUUCCAUGUCGCUAGAGGAUCUGAGUCUUGCCAACAAUAAGCACUUCAAUAUGAGUGUCUCUGACUUGUUGAAAGUUCUGAAAUCCGCGAAAAAGUCUCUACGUUUUCUUAACAUAAGUGGCUGCAAUUUUGGUGGCCUUAUCCCGGCAGAGUUGUGGAAGUUUUUAAAGUUAUUCACUGUCGAUUUUAGCAACAACAGAUUAUCUGGAGAUAUUCCAUCGUACUCCACAGACUUGAAAUCACUUCGCAUCUUUGAUGUUUCAAAAAACAAACUUUCAGGACAAAUCCCUCGAGACAUCACAAUGAUAUUUAAUCUGAUAAAACUGGACGUUUCAAACAAUUCUCUUAUGCGAGAAAUUAAAAAGCUGGACUUUAUGGAACCUGACUUUGCAACUUUGUCACGCAGAAAUAGUUUAGAUAAUUUCACGUGCCCUAACCUACGCAUCAGCUACAGCAAUGGAUUGGUGGUCUUGGAUCCUAGCUAUUACAGCUAUAGCCUAUGCGUUUGA